AUGAUGAAUGUUAGCAAAUCAUUGUUAUACUUUAGAAAUACUGUUAGGGCGUUGACAACUUCAACGUCAACACUGACAUCAACUCCAACAACUCAACAAUGUACAGCAUCAACAAGUAUGUCCAAUCGACCAAUUAUACCAUUAUCAUAUAUAUACUUGGAUAAUCUACCUUAUAAAAGAUCAUCAGAAUUACAACAACUAUUAGUUGAACGUCAACAAAGAUUGAAGGCAGCACGUGAAGCAUCAACAGCUGAUGAUGUCAAUGUUACAAUCUUAAAUGAAGACUUGAUGUUAUUAGUUGAACAUACACCAACAUAUACAAAUGGUAGAAGAAAUAAGGGAACGCUGGGUAUCGAUCAAUCAACAUUACUCGGUGCCGACUACUUUGAGUCCUCACGAGGAGGUGAGCUCACCUACCAUGGUCCCGGACAACUCGUCGCUUAUCCCAUACUCGAUCUAAGACAACAACAAUUGACACUUAGAUGUUAUGUCUCUACACUUGAGAAGGCGAUAAUAGCCACUUGUGAUCAGUUUGGAGUGAAUGCAAAGACUACGGAGAAUACUGGUGUUUGGGUCGAUGAUCAGAGAAAGAUAGCGGCAAUAGGUGUACAAUAUCAAAGAUUUAUAACAUCACAUGGAUUGGCACUCAAUUGCAACACGGACCUAAACUACUUCAAACAGAUUGUUGCAUGUGGCCUCAAGGACAAGGACACUACAUCUCUGGCCAAGGUGUUGGGAGACCCUUCACUCAAUGUACAAAGGGUCGUACCAGCAUUCCUAACAUCGUUUGGCAAAACAUUCCAUCGAUCACUAGUACCUCUCGAGCAAACCAACCCUGACCUACACGAGGCCAUCAACCAUUUUGUCAAGACCGGUGUCGCGCAGCCCUUGCUCCAGGGUCCAUCACGUCAA